CCUUCCGGUCGCUCAUGGCCACCACCCUCGCCCAAGUCGAAGGAGGAGGGAGCGGAGGAGGAGGAGGAGGAGGAGGAGAUCAAACCCAAGCGAGUACGAUGCUCCGCGGGGGAUCAGACCGGAGGUCAUACUACCGCCUCCUGGCGGUCAACUACGUGGCUCUUUUCGUGGGCACCCUCGCCUCCACGCUCCUCUCCCGGUUCUACUUCGUCCACCGCGGUUCGAAGCUGUGGGUUGCCACCCUCGUCCAGUCGGCCGGCUUCCCUCUCCUUCUCGUCCCCAUCUAUCUCGCUCCCUCGUCUUCUCCCCCCUUCUCUCGCUUCACUCCUCGCCUUUUCGCUCUAUGCGUGUUUCUUGGCCUCCUCCUGGGCAUCAACAAUCUCCUCAUCUCUUGCGGCCAAGCUUACCUUCCGGUGUCCACCAAUUCUCUUAUUCUCUCGUCCCAGCUUGCCUUCAUUCUUGUGCUCACCUCUCUUCUCCUUCGCCGGCCGCUAACCUUCUCGAAUCUCAACUGCGUCGUUCUUCUUACGCUCGCCUCCAUCCUCCUCGCCAUCGGCUCCAACUCCGACCGGCCCGCCGGCGUCUCCCGCGGGCAAUUUUUCCUCGGCUUCGCCUCCACCCUGGGCGCCGCCGGGCUCUUCGCCGCCUACCUCCCGAUCAUGGAGUUGGUGUACAGAAAGGUGGACGGGUACCGGAUGGUGAUGGAGGUGCAGGUGGUGAUGGAGGCGGCGGCGGCGGCGCUGGCUGCGACGGGGGUGGCGGCCGGAGGGAGGUGGAGUGUUGAGAAGCGGUGGGAUUUGGGGAAGGCGGGGUACUGGGUGACGAUCGCGGCGACGGUGGUGAGCUGGCAGCUGUGCUUCAUGGGGACCGCCGGGAUGGUGUUCUUGACGUCGUCGCUCAACAGCGGGAUCUGCAUGACAGCGCUGCUGGCGGUGAACGUCGUCGGCGGAGUGGUGGCUUUCGGAGACAUGUUCGGCGGGCAGAAGGCGGUGGCGCUGGCAUUGUGCUUGUGGGGGUUCUCCUCAUAUCUCUGUGGGGAGUAUAACAAGAAGAAGAAGGAAGAGGAGAGUGAGGAAAGGGAGGUGGUGGUGGUGGUGGUGGAGGAAGGGGACAAGGAGAGGUUGGGCGGCGGUGAGUAGUGGAGGAUGGGGAUUGUAAUCUCUGAGUGGUUUAAGGCUGUCUUUUUCUUUGUUUUGUUCUGUUCCUGUUUCCGCUUUGUUUUGUAGUGGCUCAAUGGGGUUGGGUAAAGAGGGUGGUUUUUCCUUGUAAAAGAAAUAAAAAUAAAAAAGGGAGGGUGGUUUUUGUUAGGUUGGAGGUUGUGAUUGGCUGCAAAAAAAGGAAAGGGUGAGUUGGUUUUAAAGUUCGUUGCUGGAAAGAUGGAUCAAUUAAGACAAUAGACAGGCACCUUAUAGAAUAAAAGAUAGGUGUGUGUUAUGUGUACUCAUGUUGGGCCUUGGGUCUGAUGUUUUUCUAAUUCUGAAUCAUGCCAUUAGUUAUUCUAGUGCUUGUUGGUUGG